AUGGGCACUCUCACAUUGGGCCCAAAUAUCGUGUUGGGCCAUAUUGAGUUUUUCGUCUUAAUUGUUGUGUAUGUUCUUCUAAGUGUCUCCCAGCUUAUUUUUUGCAUCCGCACACCGAAUGGUAGUAUUCUUACUUCAUCGUCACAGUUUAACGUGAUGAAUUAUGGAGCCAUUGGAGAUGGCUUACAAGACGAUACUCCUGCAUUUUCAAAAGCAUGGGCAGACGUAUGUGGUGCUAUAGGUGAAAUUCCUACACUAACGAUACCAGCAGGAAAGACAUUCCUAUUAACUCCAAUUUCUUUCCAUGGUCCUUGCAAAUCAAGCAACAUUCACGUCGAGAUCCAAGGAAAAUUGGUGGCACCGGACAACCGCGGUUCAUGGAAAAAUUGUGAAGCUAACUGUUGGAUAGUUUUUUCAAGCGUAGAAAACCUCAUUGUAGACGGAUCAGGAAAGAUCAAUGGCACAGGCUCAAUUUGGUGGCAAAAUAAUGACCCAACAACCCGUGAUAAUGCUCUAUGUUUGAUAAAUUGCAAUGGUCUUCGAUUACAAGGAUUAACGCAUGUAGACAGUCCCAAAAGUCAUAUAUCGAUUAGUGGUUGUAACAAUUCAAUUAUCUCUAAUCUUCAAAUAAUGGCUCCUGAAACCAGCCACAACACUGAUGGAAUCGAUAUUAUUUCUUCGAAUCGUGUUCAUAUAAGUGAUUCCAUUAUUCAAACAGGUGAUGAUUGUAUAGCAAUAGGAUCACACACAUCAUGGCUUAACAUAACUGGGAUAACUUGUGGACCUGGCCAUGGAAUAAGCGUCGGAAGCUUGGGAAAAGAGGGUGAAGAUGCUAAGGUUGAAGAAAUUUAUGUAAAAAAUUGCACUUUUAAAGGAAGUUUAAACGGUGCGAGAAUCAAGACAUGGCAGGGCGGAUUGGGUUAUGCAAGAAACAUAAUAUUUGAAGAUAUCCCUCUGAUAGAUGUUGGAAACCCGAUUAUUAUUGACCAAUAUUACUGCGACGGUGCUAAAAAUUGUGGAACUGCGCAAUCGGGUGUGAAGGUAACGGGGGUGAGCUAUAGAGGCUUCCAUGGAACAUCAAAAACGGCGGCCGCGAUUAGUUUAAACUGCAGCAGCACGGUGGCUUGCACCGGCAUCGUCAUGGAGUCCAUCAAUAUAGUUUCUUCAACUAGUUCAUAUGAUACGUAUGCCGUUUGCAUUAACGCUCAAGGGAAACAAUCACUUGUUGCACCUCAAGUGCCUUGCCUAACUCAUUGAAUUCUGAGAUUAGGAUAGCUCAUUAUUUGUAAGUCCAGCUAAAAUUAGCUGGUAAUCAAUAAACAUAAACAUUAAAUCUUAGUUGUAAUUUUUUGAGAUUAGGCUCAAAUUUGCCUUUGAUCUCUUCGAUUCUGUAUUCACCAAUUUUUAAAUGGACUUGGUCCACACUAAAAUUUAUUGUGGAUCAUGUCUUAAAAUAAAGUCAACAACUUGUUACUAAUUUAUUUUGGCAUUUUAUUAGGAUUAUUAUGA